AUGACCGGGCGCGCACCACCACCGCCCGGUCCACCCCCAGGCCCGCCUCCAGGGCCGCCUCCAGGGCCGCCGCCACCACCACCGCCAGGGACAAGACCGAUAGCACCGACCAGCGAGCACAGCAACGGCGUGAGCGCAUCGGUCUCAUCUCACCACAGUGUCAAUGGUGGGUCAAGGCCCGAGAAUGUAGCGUCGGAUCGUUUGCCGACGCAGCGGGACGAAGCAACGGUCAGCGGUGCGCCAGCAACAUCAGCAGCCGACGAAAAGCGAGCAUUUGCACUCGAGCGCACGUCUUUGCUACAGCAGCUCGAAAUCGAUCGUAUACUCAGCGCUUUUCGCCUCAACCCGUAUGACGUCCUCGAGGUACCGCUGGAAGCAGACGACAAGGAAAUCAACAAGAUCUACCGCAGGAAGUCGCUUCUCAUCCAUCCUGACAAGGUCAAGCACGAGAGGGCGGUAGAAGCAUUCGACUUGCUCAAGAAGGCAUCUUCGCACCUCCUCGACCAAGACAAACGCAAGACGCUGGACGAGACCGUACUGGACGCCAGACUGAUGGUGCUCAAGGAGCUCAAUUUGCCCUUUGCCACGAGCUACGAUGAUGCGCGUCUAGCCAAUCUCACACCGAGCUGGGACGAGCGCGUUCGCAAGGCGACCAAGGAGCUGAUGGUGGACGACGAGCUGCGGCGAAGGAAAGCGAUACGAAUACAGCAUCAAGCUGAGGGAGAAGCACAAAAAAGGAAGGAGCAAGCCAUAGAAGAACGAAAGCGCAAGGCAGAUCACGAUGCUGCGUGGGAGCAGACCCGCGAUCAUCGCGUCGCUGACUGGAGAGCGUUUCAAAAGGGCGGCAAGAAGAAGAAGAAGAGCGACGCGAAUGUUCUCGGUUGA